GGUUGCCGGUUACUUCAUUUUGCUGCUUGCACGUUGCAUUUACAUUUUGUACCUAGACCGGGUAUUAAAACACAUACCGGUUUACCAUUUUGGUUUGUUUUCUUUUUAGUUUAAGUGUUAAGUUCUUAUCUUCCAUUUAGUCGACAUCUUUCGUAUAACAAUUCAAUGGAAAUCUAUUCGAUGUGGUAUUUAAGCGAUCCAGUGCCUUGAAGGGUUAGGAUUUUAAAUAUCAGAGCCAUGGCACAUUUAGACAAUUCCAUGUCGACAGACAAAAAUAAGUUCUAUGAAGGCCUGAACAAAAUUGGAAGAGGUGCGUAUGGAACAGUAUAUAAAGCCAAAGAUAAACAAACUGGCAAUGAUGUAGCUUUAAAAAAAGUGUGUGUACCUCUAACCGAAGAUGGUAUCCCUAUGAGUACAUUAAGAGAAAUAGCAUUACUAAGACAAUUAAAUAGUCACGAUCAUCCAAAUAUAGUCAAGUUAUUAGAUAUAUGCCAUGGACAGCAAGUUGGACGAGAAUUAAUUAUGUAUCUAGUUUUUGAACAUGUCGAACAAGAUUUAGCUACAUAUAUUGAAAAAAAUCCAAAAGGCUUUAGUACCUUACAGAUUCGGAAAUUGUCAAGAGAUAUUUUGAAUGGUGUAGACUUUUUGCAUAGUAACAGGGUUAUACACAGGGAUUUGAAACCCCAAAACUUAUUAGUAACAUACGAUGGCCACGUUAAACUUGCUGAUUUUGGUUUAGCGAAGACGUAUGACUUUGAAAUGAAGUUAACUUCAGUGGUGGUAACUUUGUGGUAUAGAGCCCCAGAAGUUCUGCUCGGAUUAACUUAUGCCACCCCUGUAGAUAUUUGGUCUGUGGGUUGCAUCAUAGUCGAGCUCUAUAGCUUAAAGCCACUAUUUUGUGGUUCUACGGAAGGUGAUCAACUUAGCAAAAUAUUCAGAUUAUUGGGAAAACCUUCGAAACAUGAGUGGCCUGAAGAGAGCACAACUAUUAAAUGGAAUUCAUUUAACGUUAUUAACCAAAUAAGACUUGACCAGUUUUGCCCGUAUAUAUGUGAAACUGCCCAAGAUUUGAUAAUGAGUAUGUUAACUUUCGACCCUAAUAAAAGGAUGACUGCAUUGGAAGCUUUAAAUCAUAAAUAUUUUAAGGAAGAACCUAUUAACACCUAGGAUUAACUAUAAAUAUAAAUGUGUAAUAGUUGUAAAGUUUUAGUUAGUAGAAUAAUAAUAAGAAUCCUGAAAUAAAACUAAAAAAUGUAAAUAUUUCAUUGCCCUAUAUUUUAUGGCAUUUGUUACAACAAAUUUGUUAAUUGCUGUUAGUCAUGUAAUUGCAAUGAAAAAAACUAUAGAUGAAUAAUUAGUACUGUUAAUUAUCAUGCUGAAAAUAAAGAAAAUUAAGUCAUUCAAAAUUUUAAAUAAACCAAAUGGGUUUAAUUUUAUGUACAGUCCG